AUGGCAGGCCUAGACGUAACGAUCCCGAAGCUCAAGCUGAACGAUGGCAACUCAAUUCCCAUGCUAGGGUACGGAACGGGUACAGCAUGGUCAAAGAAGGGCGAGGAAAGCAAACAUGAUCAGGCUGUGAUUGAUGGCGUGAAGACUGCGAUCAAGCUUGGAUACACGCAUCUGGACGGCGCGGAGAUGUACAAGACUGAGCCAGAACUUGGCAUUGCCAUUAAGGAGAGUGGUGUUGCCCGAGACAAGCUGUUCGUGACAACCAAGAUUGACAAGGGCAACAUGCACGACAUUGAGGCGGCACUGCGUGCAAGUUUAGGCAAGCUGCAACUCGACUAUGUCGACCUAUACCUCAUCCACCAGCCAUGGUUCACAGAGUCUGAAGCCGACCUGCAGAAAGCAUGGGCAACCAUGGAGGCACUUCAACAAGCUGGUCUUGCAAAGUCAAUCGGUGUUUCCAACUAUCUGCCACCCCAUCUGAACGCCAUUCUCAAAACCGCAAAGGUCAUCCCAGCUUGCAACCAGAUCGAAUUCCAUCCCUACCUGCAGCACACCGAGUUACUCACAUUGCACAAGAAGCACGGCAUCGCAACAGCCGCUUAUGGUCCAUUGAGUGCAGCGACGAAGGCUUCAGGAGGCCCAGCAGAUGACUAUGUCAGCCGGCUGGUCAAGAAGUAUGCAGUCGGCGAGAACGAGAUCUACUUGAGGUGGUGCAUCGACCAGGACAUUGUACCGAUCACUACCAGCUCCAAAGAGCAGCGUUUGAGCGACUAUUUGAGGGCAUUAACAUUCAAGUUGACGCCUGCUGAGGUGAACCAGAUUAAUGAACUGGGCCAGCAGAAGCAUUACAGGUAA